AUGAAUGACGAAAUCUAUCAAAAGUUCAGUCAAACAUACACAAAACUCAACAGCGUUGCCACAAAAAUCCAAUCGAUUGUUAAAGUUUAUUCAAUAUUAAUCCCGUUAAUAUCUGAUUCUGCUUGGCCUGUUACAAAUAUAACUCAAAAUAAUUCUAAAUACAUUGUUACCGAUCUAUACGAUUCUCGAGAAGAUUUUUUCCAAAAAAUCUGGAUAAAUUUUUAUACAAUUUUUAGAGGAUCAUCACAGUUACUUGAAGAAUAUGAAGUCAAUAACAUUAUAAAAGUAUUUAACUCGUUUGCUCCAAAAAAAGUUAUUCAAGAAAUUCCAAAAUCAUUUGUUAAAAAACGCGAUGUUUCUUUACCAGAAUUUAUUGAAAAGAAAGAGAAUGGCAUGGAUAUUAUCAAAAUUUCAAAACGUCUUAACGAACCAUAUGUUCAAAAUAUGAUCAAAAAUUUACAUUUGAAAUUUUUCAAUUUUGAUGAUGAAAAAAACUCAUUUCCAAAUGAAAUUUUCUACAAAAUCAUAGAGAAUUACAACAAAGAUGAAGAUGAAGACAUAGAAGAUAUCAACUUCGGCGACCUGUCGACCACCGUCAAUGACUUAUCUCCUCUUUGUUUUUCUGCAGCUUUGAAUGAUGAAAAUUUGACAAAAAAAUAUUUGGAAAAAAGUGAACCGCAAGAAGAAACUGUUUUAGAAGCAUUACAAAUUGCAGCGUUAUAUAGUUGUUAUGAUUCUUUUGAUGUAUUGUAUGACUACGCGUCAACCAAUUUUGAUGAUAAUUUCUAUGAUGAUUUUUGUGAAUCAAAUAUUUUUGUGAGUGCUGUUAUUGGCGGAAGUCAUGAAAUCGUUGAUUACUUGGUUGAAAAGUUUACAGACACAGAUUAUAAUAUCUUCAAAGAAUAUGAUAACGGAAGGCGCGAAAUUCACUAUUGUUCAAUGAUUUUGUUUUCAGAGAAAAUUGAUGAUUAUUUGAAUAUUUUACAAUACAUCGUCAAAACUCCGAACGAAUUAAAGAUCUAUGAUAAAAAAGAAGAUGGAAAAACAUACAAUAAAUGUCCUAUUGAAUAUUUCGUAGAUAGUUUAGGUCGAUUGGAUAAAGAAAUAAGUCGAGCUGACAUUGAACAGAAAUUAGAUAGAGAUAAAUAUGAUAGAAACAGAAGCCAAGAAAUAGAUAGAGAAUUCGGGUUCGCUAAGGAAAGACUCAAAGAUAAGCUUCUAUCAUUUAUUAAAGAUAACCAAUUCACGAACUUUAAAAAUAUGCUGAAUUUGUGCAAAGCUGCUAAAAUGGACUUAUCAAAUAUCGAACAACUUAUUAUCUUCUAUAUUGUUCAAAUACCAAACAGGGCUAAGUUUAUUUCUGAACUUGUGACCAUAAAAGGUGAACAAAGACCUGAUCAGUCCAUAAUUUCGGCAACAGAUAACUAUGGAUUCAACCCAUUGUUCAAAGCAUGCUUAGUUGAUAAUAACCAGGAUAAUAUAACUGCUAUUUUGGACUCUGGAUGCGAUGUAAACGUGAAAACAACAAUUAAUGAGGUUGAGCAUACAAUAUUCUCAUAUUUAGCAAUGCAAAGAAGAUACAAAGAGCUAGAUACGAUACUUGGACGCAUUAAGGAUAGAAAUAUGCAAUUAAAUGACGCAUUAAAAUUCCAAAUUUAUAUUGACACUCCGGAAUUGGAUAAAUUGUUUAACUCUAAGUAUAGUCAGUUCCCAUUCUCUAAGAAACGACCGCCGGCUAGUGCUAUUCCUCCACAAAACCAGAAUUCACCACAAGAUAAGAAAUCAGAAGAAACAAAGACUAUUGCAAAUAACAUAGAAAAAGAAAAAGAAGAAAAGAAAGUCGAAAAACCAGAAAAUCAAGAAAAACUUCCGAAUACAAAUGAAGAUGAAAAUAAUCAGAUUCAAAAUAACAAUAAACCACUGGAAAAUAAUGACCAAGGACCAGAUUUGUCGAAAGCAAGUGAAGAAUUCCCUGAUCCUCUUGAAGGAUUUAAUCAAAGAGGUAAAAAGCGUGCAUUGGAGAAUGUUAGGAAGCCAACAUAUCCUGUAUUCUAUAAGGAUUCGAACGGAAAUACUCCUGCUCAUUUGGCGGCUCAAAAUAACCUUUCUGAUAUUAUGAUCGUUCUAAUUGAGAAGAAAUGUGACUUAACUGCAAAGAAUAGUAGUGGAAAAACACCAGCCAUUCUUUCUAUUAACAAGCAUAACAUAAAUAUCCUUCAUUUAAUUAUUGAAGCAAAAUGGAAGCCAAAUGACAAAGAAGAAAUGAUUGAAAUCGUCAAAGAAUGCGUGCUUGUUGCCGGAAAUGCAUCUUUCAUACAGUUAAUUCAUGAUAAUUUCAAAGAUAUCAUUGAUUAUUCUUAUCAAUUUACAGAAAAGAACAACCAGUACACAUAUCUACAUCUUGCAGCUCAAAAAGAUAAUAUACCAGUGAUAGAGUUCCUUAUUAACAUAGCAAAAAUUGAUCCAGAUAUCAAAAAUGAGUUAAAUCAAACACCAUUAUUCUUUGCAGUUAAAGCAAAGAAGGAACAGGCAGUUAAUCUAUUGAUAAAACAGAAAGCUACUAUCAAUAUUAACGAUUCCAAUGGUAAAACUCCUUUGAUUCUAGCCUGUGAAGAGAAAUCAUUUGAAAUAUGUAAGCUUUUAUUAGAUAAUAAUGCAGAUCCAAACCUUGGUGAGCGUCUUAUAAACAAUAGAGGUAUCAAAACUGCAUUUUUCGUAGCCAUUAAUUCUUUAGAGGAAAAAAUAGUUCAAUUAUUUAUUGAUUCUAAAAGAGUGAACUAUUCAUUGAAGAUGGAUAAUAUAAGCUACGUUGAUAAGUGUAAAACAUUAGUCAAGCAAUUUGAAAAUAAUUCAAAGAAACCUAAAGCCCAGAGGGUAUUAGAAAUGGUUCAAAGAGCUUCCAAAUAA